AUGUAUAUCCCACAUCGCUUUGCUAGGCAGCAUGAGUUUCAUCAAAGAUUGCUAGGGAAGGGGAAAUCCCUUCCUAUAGUAGCUAAAGCUCCUUCAAGUCUUCGAAAACGGGACACUUCAAAGGAUUGUUUGAAUUCCCAAGAACAACCAGUUCCGAAGAUGUUAAAGGUCACAACACCUGUUUCAAGAUCAGCUAAUGUUCGAUUUGUUCAUCCUUUAAACAUCCCAGAGUCUACUGAAGAUAUAGGCUCGAAUUGUGGAAGGAUUCCAAGCGCAAUUGUACCAGUUGAUAAUCUUGGUUUUACUAAGCAGGCACUUCAAGAGAGGUGCCAAAUAAGAGCUACAGAAGCUGAGCAUAAUUUGGCUUGUGUCCGGUUAGAAGAUGGUGCAAAUCAUAGCACUAUAAAGUCUCUCACAAGCAGGGUUGACCCAUCUUGUGAUGCUCUGAAUGACUUAUCAAAUUUUUUAGAAUUAUCCCCGCGAUCCCGCAAUAAAGUUGAUAAUCUUGGUUCUACUAAGCAGGCACUUCAAGAGAGGUGCCAAACAAGAGCUACAGAAGCUGAGCAUAAUUUGGCUUGUGUCCGGUUAGACGAUGGUGCAAAUCAUAGCACUAUAAAGUCUCUCACAAGCAGGGUUAACCCAUCUUGUGAUGCUUUGAAAGACUUAUCAACUUUUUUAGAAUUAUCCCCGCGAUCCCGCAAUAAAGCUUUUCCUCCACUCCCAGAUCUUGCCACAUUAAAUUCCAUCCCAGCUUUUCCUCCACUCCCAAAUCUUGCCACAUUAAAUUCCAUCCCAGGUAUUUGUGGAGACCAAAAUCUUGACAAUGAUAUCAUUGGAGCUUUAUUUGAUGACAACGAUCGGACCAUGUCCAUUCUUUCUGGCAGUGGUGAAAUUUUUCCUUUGGUUGAUGGAGAAAAUGCCAAUCCAUGUGAAGGGGAAGUUAAUUCUAAAACAAACCCUUCAUGUGCCAUACAAGCAAGGCAAGAAGCAAUUAAUAAUUCUGUUAGGAAUACUCUUCCUGAGCCUUAUGGACCUGGUGAAGCGCAAUCUCCAAGACUAAUGCCAAUGUUUUCAUCUGUCUCAGGUAUAUUUCAUUAG